CUCAAUCCCAAACCCAAAUUAGCCGAACCUAAAGUAAUUGAACCCAACCAAACCCAAGAAGCAAACUACGUCCUUAUUCCGCUGCUGUGAACCCGGCCAGAAGGGCGCACCUUUCUCUUCUUCUAACGGCUAACACCGCCUUAGCCCGGCAUAUCUUCGCCGUGUUCUGAUUGGCUUCAUAGCCUAUAAUGGCACUUUCAUAUUCUGAUUGCGUUAAUCCCAUUAAAGUUGCAGCUCGUUGGAAUCUCUUAUCCCACAGCUCUAGGGUGAGAAACAGUCGCCGCAAUGUGCUUUCAUGCAUCAAAAAGUCAAUCCAAGACAUAAAUCUGCAAACAAAGGCUGGUCCAUUACUAAAUAGUAUUAAAUGGGACGAUAAAGGUUUAGCUGUGGCAAUAGCUCAAAACAUUGACACCGGAGCUAUUUUGAUGCAAGGUUUUGCCAACCGAGAUGCUCUCUUGGAGACCAUUUCAUCUCAGAAAGCAACAUUCUUUAGUCGGUCUCGGUCCAGUUUGUGGACUAAGGGAGAGACCUCCAUGAAUUUCAUCAAUGUCUGUGAUAUCUUUCUUGAUUGUGACCGUGAUUCAAUUAUAUAUCUUGGGAAGCCUGAUGGACCGACUUGCCACACGGGUUCAGAGACUUGUUAUUACACAUCGAUGUUAGAUCUCUUGAAAAAUGAGAAGGUGGAAGCGAAUAAGGUGGCUCUCACAUCUUUAUACUCGUUAGAGUCAACAAUCUACCAAAGAAAAGAUGAACUAACAGGAUUGUCAAAUGGAAAACCUUCAUGGACAAAGCGAUUAUUGCUUGAUGAUAAAUUGCUUUGCUCAAAAAUCCGGGAAGAAGCAGAUGAGCUGUGCCGGACUAUGGAGGAAAAUGAAGUUAAAUCACGUACUGCAUCAGAAGCAGCAGAUUUGGUUUAUCAUACCAUGGUUUUACUGGCCAACAGAGGAGUGAAAAUUGAGGAUGUACUCCAAGUACNAAUCAGGGAUUGAAGAGAAGGUUAGUCGCCGACAAUAGAAGAGGAAUUUGACAAAACUACCCCUUUCCCUCUUCCGUUUGAGUAUUGCCCCCCCCCCCCCUCCUUCAUUCGCCAUCCUUUUCCUUCUAUAACAUAGUAUAAUUAUGUAAGAGUAUCUUAACUCAAUGUGUGCCUUGUGUGAUCAAGCCAUCCAUGGUAAGAUAAUAAGCUUUUUUGACAUGC